UGGGAUGCUAUAGUUAUGAAGAUACGGUGAAAGAGGAGGCAGACCUUUAUAGAUCUCUUCCUCAUUCUACUUCAGCCUAUUUUUCUGCAAUGUUGCUCCAUGAUGCAAAAAGCUGCUGACUAUCCUGAAGCUGCUUGUUAGCUCCACCUAAAAAUUUACUACCCGAGACUGCUGCCAGACCAUAAAUCCUCUGGUUCAGAAAAGCUUUCUGGCUUUCCUUGUUGCAAUGGGCAUCAUCGUGGCCCUGGGUGAUGCAUACUGCUUUGGUAAACAUUACAAGCCAGGGAAGGCUGACAAAGGCUGUAUGCUGAAUGGAAAACUGUACCCCCUUGGACACAUUGAGAGGACAGAAGAUUGCUACAGAUGCGACUGCAGCCGAACUGAAAUGAGGUGUUGUUCAAUAUUUUCUACUCCUGUUGCUUAUGACAAAGAGAACUGUGAAGUCAUUUUCAAUGAAGAAACUUGUGACUAUGAUGUGGUGCAGAAGGACGACCCCUCAAAGGAGUGCUCUCGAGUUGCACGUGUGGGCUAAAACGUGGGCUAACAUCUGCUCCAAACCUCUGCACUGUGGAAUUGCUCCCCUUCCUACACAUGCUUUGCCAUCACAGAGAAGUACAAUGACGUGGGAAAUCUACUUGUUCUAAUUCAGCAUAUAAGAUGCAUUAAUCACAUACAAUGUCUCCUUUCUGUACUAUUUGCAUGGGUGUCGCUGAGCUCUUUUGACUACAAUAAAUCCAGAUGAAACAUCCA